GCGUCUCUGCUGGAGAUGAAGCGGGCCAGAGGUGAUGUUCCUGAUAUUCUUCCAGAACCAGAACCGGAACCAGAACCAACUAGUCAGGUGUCAGACUUUGAAAAAUCCUACAACUAUGUCUUAUCCAGACUGGCUGGUAUAGACCAGGCCAUCCACAAGCUUAACGUUGGUCAUUACACCCUGGAUGUUAAAGUCAGCCAGCUAAUCGACCGGAUCUCCAGGCUGGAUGCUAAAGUUGGAGAUUUGGAGGACAGCAUCCAGGAGGUCUACCAGCACAGCAAAGACAAUCGUAAGGAGAUUGGAAGACUGGAAGGCUGCCAGAAAGGACAAAAAUUGGGCUACAAAUGUUACCUAGUGUACAACAGUUUAGCUGACUAUGCCGGAGCAUCCAGGAAGUGCCUGGAACGUGGAGGACGUUUGGCGAUGCCCCGUGAUCGCAAGGAGCAGGAGGCCCUGGCGGACUACAUCAAGGACUUCUUCAAACCGGGGAACUGGCCCGUCUGGUUGGGCAUCAACGACCUGCGCUCUGAGGGUCUCUACCUCUUCGACGACGGCACACGGGUCUCGUACUUCCAAUGGCGUAAACACUUCCUGUCCAGUCAGCCGGACGGAGGAAAACGAGAAAACUGUGUUGCCAUGUCAUCAGACGAUGGGGACUGGUGGGACCAAUACUGUGACCGAACCAUGAACUAUGUGUGCGAGUUUGACGACAGGGUGGCACUUUGAGUGAAAAAAUUGUUGUUUUUACUGAUAAUGCCAGAACUUCAAAUCCGAAUGUGUCGCGAAAUAUGCUUGAAAGACAGGACUGUGCAAACAGACCCUCUAGUUAACAUGAACUGUACCGACUGAGUCAAGAGGAGACCAUAUGCAUCAUUUUGUAUGAAUAUGGAUCUAAAGAAAUUCACAAGAAAUUUAAAGUUAUUUGUUUUUUGUAGGAUCGUUCUACCCCCGAAAAAAGAAAUAAAAUGAAGCUUAAACUCAUGAGGAGAAACUUUGCACUGGGGUUAAAUUCAGUAAACAACUGUUUCAGCAUUAAACUUAAAAAAAACAACUUCUAAAUUUGUAAACAUAGUAUCAACUGAAAUGUAGAGGUCAAAUGCAAACAAUUCAGUUUGUGUUUUAAGGUUGUUGUUAAUAUGACUAAACUGCUGAAUAAAUUCAGGGAAUUCUAAACAUUGGAUGAGGAUUUCAAAACAAGGGUAAAAACUGAAAAACAGAGGAGCUUUGUGGGGAAUCAGCACAUACCGAACCCCUUCAAGAUCUCCAUCAGUGUGUACUUGGGCCUUAAAGGGAAUUAAGAAAAGCUCCUUCGGAAAGGAUCAUAAAUGUUUUAUAAACCCUGGUGCUGAGCGUGACUCCCACUAAAACUGCUGUAACUCACAUUCUUCUGUCCGGAGUAUUUCAAAGCCUCAGGUCAACUUCUACCUUCCUUUCAGCCAGCAGUUGUGAUUCAUAUUCAAUUAUCUCAAAAGCUAAUUAAUCAGCAAAACAAGAAAAUUAUUUUAAAAAAAAAGAAGUGAAAUGACAGCUUCCAUUUUUAUUCGUUUUCAUACAAUCUCUGAAACAAUGCAUCAGUUUUUUAUUUACUGUAAAUAAAAACUCUAAACUUUACUUAUAUGUUGGGUAUUGUUGUUUUACUGAUCUUUGUAUAUUUGAACUCCUGGGCUUUAAUCGUUUUAAUCAUUUUCUCUCAUUAGCUAGGUCAUUUGUUUUAGUAGCUGUAGUUUUGUGAUGCUUUAUUUUUCAAUAAUAAAGUCAAACAACCAUGGAAACUAACAAUGUCUCU